UGACACAUGGAACCAGGCAAUGAUACGCAGAUUUCAGAAUUCCUUCUUAUGGGACUUUCACAGGCACCGGAACAACAGUCCCUCAUAUUUGGGCUUUUCCUCUCCAUGUACCUGGUCACUGUGUUUGGAAACCUGCUCAUCAUCCUGGCCGUCAGCUCAGACUCCCACCUCCACACACCCAUGUACUUCUUCCUCUCCAACCUGUCCUUGGUAGACAUCUGUUUCACCUCCACCACCGUCCCAAAGAUGCUGGUGAACAUCCAGACACAGAGCAGAGUCAUCACCUAUGAAGGCUGCAUCACCCAGAUUUAUUUUUAUACACUUUUUAUAGUGUUGGACAACUUUAUCCUGACUGUAAUGGCCUAUGACCGGUUUGUAGCCAUCUGCCACCCCCUGCACUACAUGAUCAUCAUGAACCCCCGGCUCUGUGGACUGCUGGUACUGGUGUCCUGGAUCACGAGUUUCCUAAAUUCCUUGCUACAUAGCUUAAUGGUGUUGAAGCUGUCCUUCUGCUCAGAUUUAGAAAUCCCCCACUUUUUCUGUGAACUUAAUCAGGUGGUUCAACUUGCCUGUUCUGACACCUUUCUUAACAACAUUAUGAUAUAUUUUUUAAUUGUGCUACUCGGUGGUGGUCCCUUUGCUGGGAUCCUUUACUCAUACUCUAAGAUAGUGUCCUGUAUUGGUGGAAUCCCAUCAGCUCAGGGGAAGUAUAAAGCAUUUUCUACUUGUGUGUCUCACCUCUCAGUUGUCUCCUUAUUUUAUGGUACAAGCCUAGGAGUUUAUCUCACCUCUGCUGCUACCCAUAAUGCACACUCAAGUGCAAUAGCCUCGGUGAUGUACACGGUGGUCACACCCAUGCUGAACCCCUUCAUCUACAGUCUGAGGAACAAUGACAUAAAGAGGGCCCUGGAAAGACUCUUUGGCAGGUAA